AUGGUGAGCCAGGGUUCUUUCAUCGGGGCUCCUUUUGCAUUCGGUAGCCCUCAUGCAACUGACGGAGCAGCAACACCCAACCCGACCUGCGGACCAUGCUGCUACGCGGAGCCCCCGCCAAUGCAACAGCCACGACACGGCUUGUGGACAUGGAGCAGGGAUGGGCGCCUUAAACUGACAUGUGAGCAGCCUAUUGUACCAGUUCCUGUCAUCCAAGAGAUUCAUAGACGUGACAAGAUCAUCGAAGUGCCCCAAGUAGAUGUGGUGGAUGCCGUUAAGCCAAGAGUGUUCAACCAAGGGGUGGAACAUGAGGUCCCUAAAAUGCGCAUUGAUGCUCAACCGGUAACAAUUGAAAUUCCCAAGUACAAGUAUGUGGAAAGGGAAGUUUUGGUUCCGAUUGUAACUGGAUACACUCACAAAUUCGUGCCAAAGUGGGAAAUCAGGGAAGUACCCCGUCCAGUGGUGAAGUAUGUCGGAGAGCAAGAAACAAUUGAAGUCGAAGUCCCUCAAGUUAAGUUCGUGGACAGGAUCGUCGAGAAGGAAAUUGUGGUUGACACGAUCGAAAAGAAGGUUCCAAAGAUUAUCGAGGUCCCCAAAUACGUAGACACUGUGAAGUAUGUCUGGAAACCCGUGGAGAAGGUAGUGCACGUUGAGCGUUUUGUGCCAAAAUUCGACGUUUCUCUUGAAUGCCCAGCUCCUCUUAUCGUUCCUUACCCUGUCCAGAAGGUAACGGAAAUGCCAGCAGUUAUGGUGAGAAAGACCCCAGCAGAAAUACAAGAAACAGAGGUAGAAGUCGUGUCUCCAGAAGGAACGGUUCGCGUCCCCGAAGAAUACAUCCGCGAAUACAAAAAGACAGAAGCUCAAGAAGGAGGAAUUUUGUGCCAAACAAUGGAGUGCUGCGGUGCUGACAAGGAAGACGAAGUGCUGUAUUCUCAGGGCGACCUCAGUUGGAUGCAGCAACAUGAAGAUCAGGAGUCAAAGACAGAGCAAACACCCCAAGACGCCCAAGAAUUCACAGGAGGCAGCCAAACAGGAGCAGUUUUGACUAGGCCACAACAACGCGACGACUCCGAAGGCCGCCCCUGCAGUGGAGAAAGCGAGGAGGCUCACUGA